CGUCGUCCUCUGCGCGCAUAUACCUUACUUUCUCUACCUUACCUUUCAAAAUCUACAAUGGCAGAAACGGCAAUCGUAUCCCAUCAGGAGCGCGAUGAAGUGUUCAAAGUGCUCAGAUCGCAGAAGGGGAACAAGAUGUGCUUCGACUGUCAAGCACGUAACCCCACUUGGACAAGCGUAACCUUUGGCGUGUACAUUUGCCUCGACUGCUCUAGCGUGCACAGGAACAUGGGUGUGCAUAUCAGCUUCGUCCGGUCGACAAACCUGGACGGCUGGCAGCUAGGUCAGAUGCGCAACAUGAAGGUCGCGGGGAACGCUUCUGCCACCGAGUUCUUUACAAAGAACGGGGGGUCGUCAGCGUUGACCGCUACGCAUCUUAAGGACAAGUAUACGAGCCGCGUUGCAGGGCUGUACAAGGACGAGUUGGCACGGAGAGUCAAGGAGGACAUUAUGCGAUUCCCGGAUCGGAUCUAUGUCGAUGGGAUGACUGAUACGCCCAAAUCCGCCACUGCGCCAGAUGAAGAUUUCUUCUCUUCGUGGGAUAAGCCCACCGCCCCGAAAGUCCUUUCUCCCGCUCCGAAGGCCGCUCCUCCGGUAGUCGGGCGCAGUCUUUCCACGGUGAGCAACGCUGCUACUGCCGGAUCGUCCGCCGCCUCUUCACCGGCGAUAUCCCCUGCCUCUACACCUUCUGUGACUAGCACGCCAGGUGUCGCUGCUCCUCGCACCGUCACAUCAUCAUCAUUACGCACCUCUUCGGCCAGCAGCGGCACUGGUGCACGGUCAUCGAAGCUCGGCGCAUCACGGUUGAACGCGACUGGCGGUGCACCGCAGCACAAGGCAUCCAAGCUCGGAGCAAGGAAGGGCGCGCCGAUCGAUUUUGAGGAGGCGGAGCGGAAGGCGAAGGAAGAGGAAGAGCGGAUCAAGAGGCUAGGGUAUGACGCAAAGAAGGAAGAAGAGGAGGCAAAGGCACGCUCGCUCGCUGCAGCCGCGGCGUCUCCUACUGUGAAAUCGCCCGUUUCUGCUACGACGCCGAGCGGCCCUACGAGCCUGCACGGGAAGAAGGACAGCAUCGAAAUCAACAGACUGGGGAUGGGGAUGGCGCGUCUUGGGUUUGGCCAGACUGCGACUUCUGCCGCUCCUGCUACUUCUAGCACUAGGAGCGGAUCCAGCACGCCUGCUGCCGAUGAAUCGACAUACGCGCGUGACAAGUUCGGAACGCAGAAGGCCAUCUCGUCCGACAUGUACUUUGGGCGAAACGCCUACGACCCGACGGCUCAUGCAGAAGCACAGACCCGUCUGGCCCAGUUCCAGGGAGCGACGUCUAUCAGCUCAAACCAGUACUUUGGCCGAGAGGAGGAGGAAGAAGCCGGACCUCGGCCGCUCAGCGGAGGGUUGUUGUUGGGUAACACGAAUGAGACGCUGGCGAAUGCGGAGAUCGCGGCGAGGGACGUGAUUGGGCGUGUGCUCGCUAACCCUGAUGUGCAGAAUGCUGGUGAGAGUCUUAGGCAGGGUGCGCUCAAGAUGGCGAACUGGCUGGCGGAGAUGAGUGAGAGCCGUUAGUCCGCGUAGAUGCGAGUUGUACACGUAUUCCUUUAUGCAAUAUCUGUGUUCGUUCAGGGGCGUUGUCAGCGUUGGCGCUGUCGUUAGAAUGGUUUGACGUUAUGAAUUAAAU